UGUAUUAUUUUUCCUAUGUACUCAUCAUAGGGAGGCGUUUUCAUGAGUAUGGAUGCUCCGAUUGAGUGACGUUAUAACGUAAUACUAUAUAUAAUAUUUCAUAUAUAAUAUGGUAUCCGUUUGAGUAACUGAUUGGCAUAGCAGCAAGAUUAGCUACAUCAUGCUAAAACCUUUAAGCACUUGUAGGCUGUUUUGUAAUUUAAAGUCACUUAACGCGACAAGGCAUAGCUCGAGUAAAUGCCCGAGUGAUGAGGCUAUUAGAAGGUUUAUUUCAGAGAAUACAGAAACUGUUGGCGAGCACAGUUUGACACCAGAGAUUAAGUUAAGACUUUUUACUCCAAACUGUACAUUUUGGUUUGAAAGACCAGAGCUAUGGCCUUUUGAUGACCCAUAUUGGGCCAUAUACUGGCCAGGUGGACAGGCACUUUCAAGGUAUCUCCUGGACAAUCCUGGCGUAUGUAAGGGAAAGUCAGUCUUGGAUGUGGGCAGUGGCUGUGGAGCGUCAGCCAUUGCUGCAAAACGGUGUGGCGCUGCUCGUGUCGUUGCUAACGACAUUGACCCCGUUGCCGCUCUCGCAACCCGCAUGAACUUUGAGCUGAACGGUCUGGAGUCGCCUGCUUGUGUGACAGGAAACAUGAUUGGUUCAUAUCCUUGCAGCUUUGACCUGAUCCUCCUUGGCGACAUGUUUUACGACGAGGCCCUUUCCUAUAGCCUUCACACUUGGUUGGACCGCUGCAUUAAAACCAACAGCAGCCAAGUUCUCAUUGGAGACCCCGGCAGAUCCCAGUUCGAGGAGAAUGGCAUCCGAAGACACUUGUGGAAGCUUGCCCACUUUGAGCUGCCCAAGACUGUACAAGAGGAAAACUAUGGUCUUUCUUGCAGCAGUGUUUGGUCUUACCAUCCUGAACUGGCCAAAGACCCUUAAAACAGCUGUAAAAGACUUUCUGUAAUAGAAAUUGAAAUAAACAGUGAGAA